AUGGACGAAGGUAUGGAUGUGGAUGGUGGAUUGGACCUGGCGACCGUGCCGCAAGAAAUUCCGAUCCGGACGACAAUCUCGAGCAGUAUCGCGGAGAACUUGGCCCCCAUGCCACCGACAUCAUCCCCACGCGACAACUUUCGGGACAUCCAGGUUAAGGUGCAUAUCAGACGGCCAGAGAGGGACUCUUGGGUGUAUCUUGGACGGGGGGUCGUGACCCAAGAGGUCAGUGGGCAUUCGUCCCGUGUCGUGGUUCGUGGAUCGACCGGAAAAGUGAUAGCCAUAUUCAGCGAGGGCUCCGACCUUCAAGCUGAGAAACGAGGCAACUUCGUGGUUGUCGGAUGUGUGGAAGGCUCACGGGUGGUCUCCUGGUCUCUAAAUGCCUUGAAUAACGCAGAGACACUGCGCCUGCUCGCCAGCAUCGAGCUAGCUUGCUAUAAAUGCAAACAGGCAAUCGCUGAUCCAAGGCUGCACAACAAAGCGCGGCGAAGGAUAGAAAGAGUCAUCAAGGACGACAGACGGCGGAGACACCGCCGCCGUAAGGAGCAGGAGGCUAUGAUAGAUGCAUUUGCGAAGCAGACACUCAGCACCGAAUUGCCGAUAGACGAUGUACCACCACCACCGCCCGAGUAA